GUUAGAAGAAGGCAAACAUUAUAGAAGAAUGAGUACCAACAAAUUUAGGGACAAAGAAAAACAAAUCCUUGGGAUAUGUUAAUGUCUAUGUCUGUGUCAGAUUUAUUAUGUCCUAAGGACAAAGUAUAAGCUCCUCCAUUGAAGGGAAGGAGAGGAGUAUUUAAUGCCAACCCAUUAAUGCCUCCUUUUCCCAUUCCAUUUCUCACAAAAUUCUCACCCCAGAAAAACCAUCUGAUGAGAAUCUUAGUUGAUGCAGAAGAGCUUCAACAGAUUCACAGAUUUUGAACCCAACGGCUAUAUAUAAUGUAUUAAAACUAUGCAUAAUAUCUCGUGAAACCAAGAGCUCUUCAAGAAACCCAAAAUCCCCUUCUACCUCUUCACUCUCUGCCAUAACCGAAGGAUCCUCGUGAUGAAGAGCUCUUGUACUUCACGAGUUUCAUAUUCCCUCUCAGACCACAAAUCCGUCUCCAGCCAUUUUUCGAUUCUCUUCUCCUCCUUCAAAUACCCGAUUCCUCAGCAGAAUCAUGCAUCAGUGUCCAAGCAUCGUCUUCUUCUAUACCGGUCUUCCAUGGCUGCCAAAGCACAGCUUCUCUGCUUAACCCUUUUUCUCCUUUUGGCUUCCCUUCAUGGAGACACUCUCCAAACCUAUAUAGUUCAGUUGCAUCCACAGGGGAAAACAAAUUCAUUGUAUCCCACCAGGCUUCACUGGCAUCUCUCCUUUCUCCAGCAAACUGUUUCUGCCGAAGAAGAUGCUUUUUCUCGUCUUCUUUACUCUUACCAUUCUGCCAUAGAAGGAUUUGCAGCUCAGCUCAGUGAAACAGAGUUGCAAUCCUUGCGAAGUUUGCCGGAUGUCAUUGCAAUUAGGCCUGACCGACAGCUUCAGGUUCAUACUACUUACUCCUAUAAGUUCUUGGGACUUGGGUCUGCUGGAGAUGGUGCUUGGAAGCAGGCUGGUUUUGGGCGGGGAACAAUUAUUGGGGUUCUUGACACUGGAAUUUGGCCAGAGAGUCCGAGCUUUGAUGACCAGGGAAUGCCUCCGGUUCCCAAGAAGUGGAAAGGGAUUUGCCAAGAAGGACAGAAUUUCAGCUCUUUGAACUGUAACCGGAAACUGAUUGGUGCCAGGUUCUUUAUAAAAGGCCAUCGUGUGGCUUCAGUCUCUCCAUCAGCAAACAUGAUUCAGGAAUAUGUAUCAUCUAGAGACUCCUCUGGACAUGGAACCCACACAUCGUCAACAGCUGGAGGAGUUUCUGUUCCUAUGGCAAGUGUGCUUGGCAAUGGGGCUGGCGAGGCUCGAGGAAUGGCUCCGGCUGCACAUAUUGCAGUGUACAAAGUUUGUUGGUUCAAUGGCUGUUACAGCUCUGAUAUCCUUGCUGCAAUGGACGUUGCAAUCAGAGAUGGAGUUGACGUCCUUUCACUCUCCCUAGGUGGCUUUCCUUUACCACUCUCUGAUGAUAGCAUUGCCAUAGGCAGUUUCAGAGCAAUACAGCAUGGAAUAUCGGUCAUUUGUGCUGCAGGUAACAAUGGCCCAAUUCAAAGCUCUGUAGCCAAUAUUGCUCCCUGGAUUGCCACCGUUGGAGCAAGCACACUUGACCGGAGAUUUCCAGCUGUUGUUAGAAUUGGUACUGGAGAACUCCUUUAUGGAGAAUCAAUGUUCCCAGGAAACCUGAUUCCAGGUUCUGGAGAGGAACUCAAACUUGUUUAUGUUACUGCUGGGAACAGGGGAAGUGAACUUUGCUUGAAAGGGUCCCUCCAAAGAUCAGAAGUUCGAGGAAAGAUGGUGGUUUGUGAUCGAGGUGUAAAUGGGAGGGCAGAGAAGGGUGAAGUAGUGAAGGAAGCUGGUGGUGCUGGAAUGAUACUGGCAAACACAGAGAUAAACUUAGAAGAAGACUCUGUGGAUGCUCAUGUCUUGCCAGCAACUUUGAUUGGCUAUGCAGAGGCAGUGCGUCUGAAGGCAUAUAUAAAGUCCACCAGGAGUCCCAGAGCUCGAAUCAUCUUCGGAGGAACAGAGAUAGGAAGAUCAAGAGCACCAGCAGUAGCACAAUUUUCAGCCAGGGGUCCGAACUUAUAUGACCCUUCAAUCCUCAAACCAGAUGUGAUUGCUCCUGGAGUUAAUAUCAUCGCUGCCUGGCCUCAAAAUCUGGGGCCGACCAGCCUUCCAGAAGAUUCUAGAAGGGUAAACUUCAAUGUCAUGUCAGGGACUUCCAUGGCUUGUCCCCAUGUCAGCGGAAUUGCAGCUCUGAUACAUUCUGCACACCCCGAAUGGUCCCCAGCAGCUAUAAAAUCUGCAUUAAUGACAACUGCGAAUGCAAAUGAUCAUAUGGGGAAACCAAUAAUGGAUGGAAAUAAGUUGGCAAGUAGUUUUGCCAUUGGAGCUGGACAUGUGAACGCACAAAGGGCAAUCAAUCCAGGACUGGUAUAUGACAUAAGGCCAGAUGAGUAUAUCACUCAUCUCUGCACUCUUGGCUACACAAGAUCAGAAAUUUUCACAAUCACACACAGUAAUGUGAGCUGCCAUGAGAUUCUGCUCGUGAACAAGGGUUUCAGCCUCAAUUACCCCUCUAUUUCUGUACUCCUCAAGCAAGGAACAAGAAGGAAGAUGAUCACAAGGCGACUGACAAACGUAGGGAGUCCUAAUUCCGUCUACUCAGUAGAAGUGAAGGCCCCUGAGGGUUUAAAAGUGAUGGUCAAACCUCAGAGGCUAGUAUUCAAGCAGAUAAACCAAAGUUUGAGUUACCAAAUAUGGUUUAUAUCGAGGAUGAGAUCAGGAACAAAGAAGACAAAUUUUGCAGAAGGGCAUUUGACAUGGGUGCACUCUCAAAAUAACUUCUACAGGGUUAGAAGUCCUGUUUCAGUCACUUGGAAGUAGUUAGCUGCUUAGCUGAUAGUUGAAGUAUAUUUUAAUUUAAUUAUCUAUUUUCUCAGCUAGAGAGGAUUGAGGCCUAUGAACAUUUAGGGGGUAAAGUUAGUAUGCUUAAUUUCAGUAUG